AUGUUGAUUUCUGAAGAGCUUAUGAAGUGCAGGAUAGAUGAUGCAGCUGGAAAGAACAGAAACGCGCUAAAGCCACGGACCCCUGCCAAGACCCAUGAACGCGCCGGACCGCAUCUGUCUCUUUCACACCAUCACAUCGUACAUCCGCAUGCCCGGCAAAGAGGAUGGCAUCCUAAAUACCACACCAAAAAUCGGUCCGGCUGCAAGACACAAGAACAGGAAGAGGCAAUUGAAUACACACUAUACUCUCUUUGCAACCUUUCUCACAUGAUUGUAGCCAAUAAAGCUGCGAGGGGACUCAAUAACAGUAGUCGAGAGCAUGCGCUGACAGAAGCUGGGCAUCAGAACUGCGGAGGGGCUCUGCGAAGCUCCCAUCCCUCUCCGUCUCUGACUUCGCGCAAGCGCCGGCACUCGUCAUCGUGGCCGUCACCUGCCAUAGCAGCUAACCACCCGUGGAAAAAGAGCAGGCCAUAUUACCUUCUGUCUCCGGCCUCUAUCAUCCUGCAGCCUGCUAGACAAUUCCCGCCUUCCACCUUGUCGACGAUGUGCGAUAAAUGCCCCUGCAUGCCUCCUUCUCCUCGAUUGCUUCAACAGCAUCUUACUACAGUAAGCUCUAUCAUUCACUCGCACGCUUUCCCGGCCCGCUCCGCUCGAGCUUCGGCUUUCAGCGUAGCCGUCUCAACUUUAAACUCAACUACCUGCUUUAUGCAAGCUCCUACUUCCAUCAAGCUACACUUCAGUAAAACGAAGCUCGAGUUGAAACCCGAAAUUAUCUGCGACACAACCAGCCAACCAUUUCGCCCUGGAACUGAAAGCCCCGCGCGUCCUCACCUUCGGGUUCAGGUCGACCCAAGCACUUCGGCCUUGAGAAAACCUCGAACACGCCUUCAAGUUGGUAUUACUGCAUCGACUUCCCCCAUAAUCAUUGCGAAGCUGAUCUUGUACAAGAACAUGGCCACCAUCAACUACGGAACCGACUACAAGCGCUUCAGUCGUUCGCGGUGCUUCAAGUUCAUCCGCCAGCGCGGCGGCACAAUUCCUUCGGGCAAGAAAGCCAAAAACGUCAAUCCGCGAAACAUCCUCCGACAGAUGGACCUGGAAGCGCGCUUCCCUUUCAUGGACCUGCCGCCCGAGAUGCGCAACGAAAUCUACACCGUUCUGCUCAGUCGCAACCCAAACGAAGGUCGCAAGGCCUUCCCAGAAAUCCUUCGCGUCUCGAAGCAGAUCUAUAAAGAAGCUCUUGGCAUUUUACGCGCUGAGAGCUUCUUCAGCAUGAUACUUGAGACGCAGAAGACGCUGGAGGAAGCAUGCCGAAUUUACGUGAGGGACUUCGAGAGCAUUGCGGAAAUCAUCAUUUCCCCAAAUAAUCACCUGGACCUGUACCACUACUCAAAUGGGCUCGGCAUACUACGCAAGAUCGAAAAGAUUCAGCUGGAUGCUGGCUUCUGCCUCGGGACGGCUAGAGAAAACGACUGGGCCAGCUUCGCGUAUUUCGUUGAUAUAAUCACCACCCACGCCGUCAACCUCAAGACGCUCGACGUCACUGCAGAUGAUCAGCGUGGACCUCUCAAGGUCUUCUCUAAGCUGCCAGAGACUGUCACCCUUGACAUUCGGGGCUUCGAUGACGAUGAAGUGUUCCAUGUAAAUGUUUCCAUGAUUUUUGCUGGCCGAGACUCUGCAAAGGCGAGAUACAUCGGGGCGCGAACGGAAGUUGAGAGGCUCCAAUCGAGCUGGCAACAAGGCUCAGGCGUUUGUUUGUGCAUGGGUAUCAACGUCAUCAUAGCGCAAGUCGUGCACACUUACUCUUCCGCCGCCAAAAUCACAUUCUUGGAAAAGCGCUUCAGGUUCCAGAUCUUCGAUUUCUUGGCAGUUGGCUGUCGGAAGCUUCGAACACUUCCGCCACGCCGCUGCCGGACGAGGCCGAACAUUGAAGGUACUGCACGUGAAUUAGAGUAG